GUUCAAGCACAAAAGGAGGCUAUAAACAACCUUCUCCAGUUGCUUAGAAAUCACGUUUCUUUUCAUCCUCUCAGAAAAACAAACUACUAUUUAUUGGGCUUAUGAUCUUCAUGCUGUUUUCCUGCUACAAAGCUUCUGUGUCAGCUCUCACUUCAGUUCCCAUGGAUUCUCAUUCCCUGUUUGGUUGAUGUUUUUUCUGUGUUGGAAGUGAUGGAGAACAACGAUGGAGCUAUGAAAAUGGAUGAUCAAAUGGAAUUACCGCCUGGAUUUCGGUUCCAUCCGACCGACGAAGAGCUGAUCACUCAUUACCUGUCGAGGAAGGUUCUUGACUGCAGUUUCUCUGCUGUGGCUAUCGGGGAAGUGGAUAUGAACAAGGUUGAGCCAUGGGAAUUACCAUGGAGAGCAAAGCUGGGGGAAAAGGAAUGGUACUUUUUCUGUGUACGGGACAAGAAGUACCCGACAGGGCUGAGGACAAACAGGGCGACCGCUGCUGGGUACUGGAAAGCCACUGGUAAAGACAAGGAGAUUUUCCGGGGGAAAACCCUGGUGGGAAUGAAGAAAACCCUGGUUUUCUACAAGGGUAGGGCUCCCAGGGGUGAGAAAUCCAAUUGGGUUUGCCAUGAGUACAGAAUGGAAGGCAAAUUCUCUAUUGAAAAUCUCCCGAAAUCAGCCAGGAACGAUUGGGUUAUUAGCAGGGUGUUCCAGAAGACUUCCGGGGGGAAAAAAGUCCACAUAUCAGGCCUGGUGAGGAUGAAUUCUGAAGAAAACAUACCACCAAACUCAACACUCCCACCAUUGCUAGACCCAUCACCUUACACAAAGCCUGUCGAACUCGAACUCGAACUCGAUGUCGACCUCGACCUCGAACCCGAAUCAGGCCACGUGCACUGCUUCUCCAACACCAUUACUGCUUCUGCUUCCCUGAAAAUCCAGGACGAUUUCAUCCUUCCACCCUCCUCCAACCCCCUGGAUUCUUUCCCCCCACCCUCCUCUUUCUCCUGGGGACAACUCCCUCCUGCUCAGCCUGGAAUCAGUUUCCAGUUUCCGGGCCCCGUUCCUCUCACGGACCCAUCGAUUAUCAGGACGUUUCUUGCAAACUACGGGCAGAACACGAACCCGCAGGGGUUCAGGAAAGACGGCGGCGACAUUGUCAGCGUCUCCCAAGAAACUGAAAACUCUUCUGUUGUUUCAAAUGUUGAAAUGGGGAAGAAGACGUUUGAUGAUCAAGAAGAAGCUGGAAUUGGGAAUCAGGAUUUGGACUGCAUUUGGAAUUACUGAAGAAAAAAAAACACAUACAGUUUGAUAAGCAGAAACAGUAGAAAACUCAGGAGAAGAAGAUGAAGAUAUUAAGCAGUAAAAAACAUUAUAGAGCUACCCUUUCUUUUCUUUUCUUUUUGAAUUUUUAUCAGCAUUAUUGUCAGGAUAAAUGAUUGUGUGUGCAUAGAAUUUGUUGAAAGUUAUGAUUGGAAAUGCAGAUUUUUAAUGUAUCUGACA